AUGUCACAGAAAAUCCAUUUGUCUAUUUUUCCACUCCUGAUUCUUUGCAUUUCUCACGUUAUCCCGACAACUCCCGGGUUAUGCUCCAGAUGUAUUCAGCGUGGCGAAGUGUAUUGCCCGAUGUUCGAUCGAUGUGGAAUUUUGCCGUUUUGCAUUAAAUGGAUCAAUAAAAUCCUAAAUUGCCCGGACACCCGGAAUGCCAGUGCAGUAUAUGAUGAUGAGUUCACAAGACAGAAAAUGAUGCCAUUAUCUGCAGCAGCAUACUCAGAUAAUCCGUUGCCGUGUCUGAAAAAAAUCUUCUCAAAUAGUAAAUUGAUCGGCACUUACUCCGUAGAGUGCUCUUAUUCAACAGAUUCGAUUCCUCAAAUAAUAAUUUCUUGGAUUGCAUAUUUUUUGGACAGUAUCAGGUGGGUGGAAUAUAAUCCGCGGCCCAUCGUUUUUUCCGAAUGUUUUGCGUACAUUGGUGUGGAUGAAGUGGAAAAACGAAUAUUUAUGGGAUUUCGAGGAUCUGAAGGAAUACUUCAAUUAUUGGAACAAAUGCUGACUUAUCACAGAGGUUCUAGACCAUUUUACAAUAACGGGAAAAUUUACGAGUAUUUCUACAAUGCAUUUCAUUUGUUAUGGGUUGGUGGGCUCGAGCAUGGCAUUCGGAGAAUAUUGGCAAAUAGGACAGAUGAUUACGAGUUAUGGAUAACAGGCCUAUCACUUGGCGGAGCUCUGGCAUCAGUGACGUCAUCAUACAUUGCAAAACUCAAUUUAUUCCCACCAUCCCGCAUAAAACUUGUCACCUUCGGUCAGCCACGUGUCGCGGACUACGAUCACGCCGCUUGGCACGACGCCACAUUUCCCUACUCAUUUCGUGUCAUCAACUCGAGAGAUCCGAUUCCACACGUUCCACCGAAAAUCGGCCCGAUUCCGCUGUUCCAUCAUGGUACAGAAAUAUGGUAUCCCAAAGAAAUGUGGCCAUUGUCGAAUUAUAAAGUGUGCAGUGAGGCGGACGGGGAUUACUGUAGCAAUCAGAUUUUGUUGUAUAAUAUUAUCGAUCAUAUCUACUAUUUUGGUAUUGAUGUUGGAGAAUUUGGAAAAAAUGAAUGUCAAUGA